GUUUUUCACACAGACUUGUUGGGGUCAGGGUGAGUGCCGCCUAGUGCCAUUUAGUGAAAGUAAACGCUUCUGUCUUUGCACUUGAUCCGCAUAAAGUCACCGGGCCAGUUCGUGGGAGCCACCUGCUCAGUCUCAAUGGCCUUUAAUGAGCUCUUGGAUCAGGUUGGAGGCCUGGGGAGAUUCCAGAUUCUCCAGGUUCUUUCCCUCAUAAGCAUCAUGGUUGUAGCUUUCCCUCAAGCUCUGUUGGAGAACUUCACUGCUGCUGUCCCUGACCAUCGCUGCUGGGUCCCCCUCCUGGACAACCACACGGCCUCUGGCAAUGCCUCUGACGUCCUCAGCCAAGACGCCCUCCUGAGAGUCUCCAUCCCGCUGGACGCAAAGCUGAGGCCAGAGAAGUGCCGUCGCUUCACCCAUCCCCAGUGGCAGCUCCUUUACCUGAACGGGACCUCCCCGAGCACGAAUGAGCCGGACACAGAGCCCUGUGUGGACGGCUGGGUGUACGACCGCAGCUCCUCCGUCUCCACCACCGUGACGCAGUGGGACCUGGUAUGUGAAUCUGAGUCACUGACUUCAGUCCUUAGAUUCCUGCUUAUGGCUGGAAUGAUGGUGGGAAACAUCGUGUUUGGCCAUUUAACAGACAGGUUUGGGAGGAAGUUAAUACUCAGAUGGUGUAUCCUCCAGCUGGCCAUCGCUGACACCUGUGCAGCUUUUGCUCCUACCUUCCUCGUUUACUGCUUACUGCGCUUCCUGGCUGGAAUGUCUACUGGGACCAUCAUGGCAAAUGUUUCUAUGCUCAUUAUAGAGUGGACAUUGCCCCGGUUCCAAGCCAUGGGAAUGACACUUAUGAGUUCUAGUGGCUGUAUUGGACAGAUAAUCCUGGCAGGCCUAGCUUUUGCUAUUCGUGAAUGGCACGUACUCCAGCUGGUGAUUUCUGUGCCAUUUUUUGUCUUUUGUCUGUCCUCAAGGUGGCUUGCAGAGUCUGCUCGGUGGCUGAUUGUUGCCAACAAAUCCCAGGAGGCCCUGAAGGAACUCAAGAAAGCUGCACACAAGAAUGGAGUGAAGAACGUGGGAGACACCCUAACUAUGGAGGUUGUGAGAUCCACCAUGAAGGAGGAGCUGGAAGCCGCAGUGACAAAGCCCUCUCCAUGGGACUUGUUCCGCGCAUCCAUCCUGCUGAAACAGAUCUUGCUCUUGUCCUUUGUGAGAUUUGCAAACUCCAUGCUCUUUUAUGGCCUGAAUCUGCACAUACAUCACUUGGGGAACAAUAUUUUCCUGAUACAGUGUCUGUUUGGACUAGUCAACAUCCUGGCAAAUUGUGUUGCUCUUUUGGCACUGAAUUACAUAGGCCGCCGCGUAAGCCAGGUGCUGCUCAUGUUCCUAAUGGGAAUCUCCAUUCUGGCCAUCACAUUUGUGCCUCAAGAGAUGGAUACCCUGCGUGUGGUAUUGUCUACUUUUGGAGAAGGAGUUUGUGUGGCAACUCUCCUCUGCUCUAUUACUCAAGGAAAUGAACUGAUCCCCACUUCAUUCAGGGCGACAGGUUUAGGAAUAAUUGCAAUUUGCGGUAACUUUGGGGCUGCCCUGUCUCCGCUGAUGAUGAUUCUAAGGAUGUAUUCUGAACCCCUUCCUUGGAUCAUCUAUGGAAUCCUCUCCAUCGUCGCUGGCCUUUCUGUCCUCCUUCUUCCUGAAACCAGAAACCAGCCUCUGCCUGACUACAUUCAGGAUGUGAAAAAUAAGGCCAGAGCCUCAACCAAAGCAGAGCGGGAAGACUCUCUGGACAAGGUGACCCGGUUUUAGGGAAUUCCAGGAGCUGACUGCUGUGCAACGUGCAAGAGAAGACAAAACCCACCUUGAUCAUUCGUAGAUACUGGCAACAUUUAGAGAGUAAAUAAGCACACACAGAAGAAAAAAUAGAUUUUAUUUACCAUUGUGGAACCAAGUGACUAAUGUAAAUUGUCAAUGACUACUCACUCUAAGAAAUAUGAAGAAGCUGGCGCCGCAGCUCACUAGGCUAAUCCUCCGCCUGCGGCACUGGCACCACAGGUUCUAGUCCCGGUUGGGGUGCCGGAUUCUGCCCCGGUUGCUCCUCUUCCAGUCUAGCUCGCUGCUGUGGCCCGGGAAGGAAGUGGAAGAUGGCCCAAGUGCUUGGGCCCUGCACCCCAUGGGAGACCAGGAAGAAGCUCCUGGUUCCUGGCUUUGGAUGGGCGCAGCGCGCCGGCUGCAAUGUGCUGGCCAAAGCGGCCACAUGGGGGUGAACCAACAGAAAAGGAAGACCUUUCUCUCUGUCUCUCUCUCUCACUGUCUAACUCUGCCUGUCAAAAAAAAAAAAAAGUCUGAAGAAAAGGAACAAGGGUUUCAAUUUUAUAUUAGGCCACACAGUUGCCCAGAACCUUAAAUUAAUUCAUAAAAGAAGGUAUUGAGUUUUAAUUGGUUAUUUCUCAUAGGUGUAGCUUUUGAUGUUGUAUCCUGUUAUUUGCAUUUUUUAUUUUGCUAAAAUUGUGUAAAAUUACACUCUUUUCCCCUAGGGGAGAAAAAUACAUGAAAUAAACAAAAAUGGAGACAUCUGAAUCAUCCUUACUCUUCUUAUUUGGUUUUCAGCCACUCUUGGGUUUUUUCCUUGUAGAAAUCAACAAAUUAUUCCCUUAGACUAAUAUAAUAUAUUUGUAUUUGAAAAAUACAGAACCAUGAUAUAACAUUUGUGUAAUUGUAGAUAUUUAACAUGCUUCUGGGUUAAAGACAAAAUAGAUUUUAAACCCCAAUUCAUCCCCAAUUUUUACUACAGUAAUUGAUAACAUUUUAAGGACUUUGUGCUUUUAACACAACUUGAAAAUAUUUUUAAAUUUAUCUAGAAAUGAAUAAUAGACAAGAAGCUAUUGAAAAAUGAGAUUCAUAGAACAAGGUUGGAACUGACUGGUAUAAAUCAGAAUGAGCUGCAAUACUCAAAAUUGUGACAGCAGAUACAUGUACAAAUCAAAACAAGUCCACAUAACUAAAAAUUAAACAGAACAACUAAAGCAUAUUACUUCAAAGAAAAGUCUCCUCAAAAAUCCAGGAAAAAAAAGAUGUGUACAAUAAACCAAAUGCCACAAAUUUAAAAAUAGGCAGAUUUGACAGCUUACUUGUACAGAACUUCUGGAAGACAAAAUAUUCAUAAUUUAUGAGGGAAAUCUAAGCAAAUAUUUACAAAAACAGUAAAAGCUGUGAACUUUUGAUAGUGUAUCUAUAAAUGAUUUGUACUUUCUUUGUAAUUUUUGUGUCCACAGUUACAAAAGGAUUAUUCGAUGUUUCAAAACUAUUGUAAGGUAUUGUUAAAAAUCAAGUGCAAGGACAAACUAACAAUUGUCAAAAUUUAAAUAUACAUAACACGUAUGAUUCUUUUAUAGGUCUAUGAGAAGGAAGACACAGUAUAAUACUAAAAUGUUCAAAAGGCAAGAAUGUAUAGUUACAUAAAAGAAAAACUCACAGGGUUAACGAAAAGCUAUAUGAAUCAACAGAAAAUUAAACACGUAAAAAAUAGAGUGAGCAGCAGGCAUUUAGCACUGUAGCUAAGACAUCACUUGGGAUACUCGCAUUCCACAUCAGAGUGCCUGGGUUCAAGUCCUGCCUCUGCUUUCUAAUCCAUCUUCCUGGAAGAGUGCACCCUGGAAGACAGUGAUGAUGGGACAAGUACUUGGGUUCCUGCCAGUCUUAUGGGAGACUUGGGUUUAGUUCUGGGCUCCUGGCUUUGACCUGCCUUAGUCUCAGCUAUUGUGGAUGUUUGGGGAGUGAAUCAGAGGAUGGAAAAUCUCGUUCUGUCCUUCUGUCUCCGUUUCCCUGUUUUUGCUUUACAAAUAGAUAAAAAUAAAUAUAUUUUUUGUUCUUUCAACUUUUAUUUGCAUAUUCAAUUUUUUUACAUUUUUUAUUUAGUAAAUAUAAAUUUCCAAAGUACAGUUUAUGGAUUACAAUGGCCCCUCCCCCAUAAUUUCCCUCCCACUCGCACCCCUCCCAUCUCCCGCUCCUUCUCCCAUUUCAUUCACAUCAAGAUUCAUUUUCAAUUAUCUUUAUAUACAGAAGAUCAAUUUAGCAUAUAUUAAGUAAAGAUUUCAUUAGUUUGCACCCACACAGAAACACAAAGUGUAAAAUACUGUUUCAGUACUAGUUAUAGCAUUACUUCACAUUGGACAACACAUUAAGGACAGAUCCCACAUGAGAAGUAAGUACACAGUGACUCCUGUUGUUGACUUAACAAUUUGACACUCUUGUUUAUGGCAUCAGUAAUCUCCCUAGGCUCUAGUCAUGAGUUGCCAAGGCUAUGGAAGCCUUUUGAGUUCGCUGACUUUGAUCUUAUUCUGACAGGGUCAUAGUCAAGGUGGAAGUUCUCUCCUCCCUUCAGAGAAAGGUACCUCCUUCUUUGAUGGCACCGUUCUUUCCACUAGGAUCUCACUCUCAGAGAUCUUUCAUUUAGGUCCUCUUUUUUUUUCCCACAGUGUCUUGGCUUUCCAUGUCUGAAAUACUCUCAUGGGCUCUUCAGCCAGAUAUGAAUAGCUUAAGGGCUGAUUCUGAGGCCAGAGUGCUAUUUAGGACAUCUGCCAUUCUAUGAGUCUGCUGUGUAUCCUGCUUCCCAUGUUGGAUCGUUCUCUCCCUUUUUGAUUCUAUCAGUUAGUAUUAGCAGACACUAGACUUGUUUGUGUGAUCCCUUUGACUCUUAAUCCUAUCAUGAUCAAUUGUGAACUGAAACUGAUCACUUGGACUAGUGAGAUGUCAUUGGUCCAUGCCACCUUUAUGGGAUUGAAUUGGAAUCCCCUGGCACAUUUCUAACUCUACCGUUCAGGGCAAGUCCAAUUGAGCAUGUGUGAAACUAUACAUCUCCUCCCUCUUUUAUUCCCACUCUUAUAUUGAACAGGGAUCACUUUUCAGUUAACUUUAAACACCUAAGAAUAAUUGUGUGUUAAUUAAAGAGUUCAACCAAUAGUAUAGAGUAGAACAAAAAAAUAGUAAAAGGAAUAAAGUAUUAAGUUGCUCCUCAACAGUCAGGACAAGGGCUGAUCUUGUUUCUCACAGUGUCCAUUUCACUUCAACAGCUUUCCUUUUUGGUGCUCAGUUAGUUGUCACCAAUCAGGGGGAACAUAUGAUAUGUGUCCCUUUGGGAUUGGCUUAUUGCACUCAGCAUGAUGUUUUCCAGAUUCCUCCAUUUUGUUGCAAAUGACCGAAUUUCAUUUUUUUUACUGCUGUAUUGUAUUCUUCUUCUUUUUUUUGACAGGCAGAGUGGACAGUGAGAGAGAGAGAGACAGAGAGAAAGGUCUUCCUUUGCCGUUGGUUCACCCUCCAAUGGCUGCUGUGGCUGGCGCGCUGCAGCCGGCGCACCGUGCUGAUCUGAAGCCAGGAGCCAGGUGUUUCUCCUGGUCUCCCAUGUGGGUGCAGGGCCCAAGCACCUGGGCCAUCCUCCACUGUAUUUCUGGGCCACAGCAGAGAGCUGAAUUGGAAGAGGGGCAACCAGGACAGAAUCUGGUGCCCCAACCGGGACUAGAAUCCAGUGUGCUGGCACUGCAGGCGGAGGAUUAGCCUAUUGAGCUGCAGCGCCGGCCGACUGCUGUAUAGUAUUCUAUAGCAUACAUAUCCCAUAAUUUCUUUAACCAGUCUACUGUUCAUGGGCAUUUAGGUUGAUUCCAGGUCUUAGCUAUUGUGAAUUGAGCUGCAAUAAACAUUAAUGUGCAGCAGCUUUUUUGUUUGCCAAUUUAAUUUCCUUUGGGUAAAUUCCAAGGAGUGAAAUGGCUGGGUUGUAUGGUAGGGUUUUAGUAAGGUUUCUGAGGAAUUUCCAAACUCACUUCCAUAGUGGCUUUUCCAGUUUGCAUUCCCACCAACAGUAGGUGAGUUUCCCUUUUCCCCAUAUCCUCACCAGCAUCUGUUGUUGGUAGAUUUCUGAAUGUGAGCCAUUCUAACCGGGGUGAGGUGAAACCUCAUUGUGGUUUUGAUUUGCAUUUCCCUGAUGGCUAGGGAUCCUGAACAUUUUUUCAUGUGUCUGUUGGCCAUUUGGAUUUCCUCUUUUGAAAAAUGUCUAUUGAGGUCCUUGGCCCAUCUCUUGAGUGGAUUGUUUGUUUUGUUAUUGUGGAGUUUCUUGAUCUCUUUGUAGAUUCUGGUUAUUAACCCUUUCUCUGUUGCAUAGUUUGCAAAUAUUUUUUCCCAUUCUGUUGGUUACCUCUUCAUUUUCCUGACUGUUUCUUUUGCAGUACAGAAACUUCUCAAUUUGAUGCAAUCCCAAAUGUUAAUUUUGGCUUUGACUGCCUGUGCCUCCGGGGUGUUUUCCAAGAAGUCAUUGCCGAUACCUAUAUCUUGCAGGGUUUCUCCAAUGUUCUCUAAUAAUUUGAUGGUGUCGGGUCAUAGAUUUAAGUCUUUAAUCCAUGUUGAAUGGAUUUUUGUGUAAGGUGAAAGGUAGGGGUCUUGCUUCAUGCUUCUGCACAUGGAAAUCCAGUUUUCCCAGCACCAUUUACUGAAUACAGUGUCCUUGCUCCAGGAAUUGGUUUUGGAUCCUUGAUGAAAUAUAAGUUGGCUGUAGAUGUUUGGAUGAUUUCUGGUGUUUCUAUUCUGUUCCAUUGUUCUAUCCAUCUGUUUCUUUACCAAUGCCAUGCUGUUUUGAUUACAACUGCCCUGUAGUAUGUCCUGAAAUCUGGUAUUGUGAUGCCUCCAGCUUUGUUUUUGUUGUACAAGAUUGCUUUAGCUAUUCGAGGUCUCCUGUGCCCCAUAUAAAUUUCAGCAUCAUUCUUUCUAGAUCUGCGAAGAAUGUCUUUGGUAUUUUGAUUGGUAUUGCAUUGAAUAUAUAAGUUGCUUUUGGGAGAAUGGACAUUUUGAUGACAUUGACUCUUCCAAUCCAUGAGCAUGGAAGAUUUUUCCAUUUUUUGGUAUCCUCUUCUAUUUAUUUCUUUAACAUUUUGUAAUUCUCAUCAUAGAGAUCUUUAACAUCUUGGUUAAGUUUAUUCCAUGGUAUUUUUUUUAACUUUUAUUUAGUAAAUAUAAAUUUCCAAAGUACAGCUUAUGGUUUACAAUGGCUUUUUACCCCCUAACUUUCCUCCCACCCGCAAACCUCCCAACUCCCACUCCCUCUCCCAUUCCAUUCAAAUCAAGAUUCAUUUUCAAUUAUCUUUAUAUACAGAAGAUCAAUUUAGCAUAUAUUAAGUAAAGAUUUCAACAGUUUGCACCCACACAGAAACACAAAGUGUAAAAUACUGUUUCAGUACUAGAUAUAGCAUUAAUCACAUUGAACAACACAAUACGAACAGAGAUGCUACGUGAGGAGUAAGUACACAGUGACUCCUGUUGUUGACUUAACAAUUUGACACUCUUGUUUAUGGCAUCAGUAAUCUCCCUAGGCUCUAGUCAUGAGUUGCCAAGGCUAUGGAAGCCUUUUGAGUUCAUUGACUUCAAUCUUAUUCUGACAGGGUCAUAGUUAAAGUGGAAGUUCUCUCCUCCCUUCAGAGAAAGGUACCUCCUUCUUUGAUGGCCCCGUUCUUUCCACUGGGAUCUCACUCUCAGAGAUCUUUCAUUUAGGUCCUCUAUUUUUUGCCAGAGUGUCUUGGCUUUCCAUUUCUGAAAUACUCUCAUGGUCUCUUCGGCCAGAUAUGAAUAGUUUAAGGGCUGAUUCUGAGGCCAGAGUGCUGUUUAGGACAUCUGUUCUUCUAUGAGUCUGCUGUGUAUCCCACUUCCCCUGUUUUAUCGUCCUCUCCCUUUUUGAUUCUAUCAGUUAGUAUUCACAUACACUAGUCUUGUUUGUGUGAUCCCUUUGACUUUUAGACCUAUCAGUAUGAUCAAUUGUGAACAGAAAUUGAUCACUUGGACUAGUGAGAUGUCAUUGGUCCAUGCCACCUUGAUGGGAUUGAAUUGGAAUCCCCUGGCACAUUUCUAACUCUACCAUUUGGGGCAAGUCAGCUUGAGUAUGUCCCAAAUUGUACAUCUCCUCCCUCCUUAUUCCCACUCUUAUAUUUAGCAGAGAUCACGUUUCAGUUAAAUUUGAACACUUAAGAAUAAUUUUUUGUUAAUUACAGACUUCAUCCAAUAGUAUUAAGUAGAACAAAAAAAUACUAAAGGGAUAAAUAUUAAGUUGUACAUCAACAGUCAGGACAAGGGCCAAUCAAGCCACUGUUUCACAUAGUGUCCAUGGUAUGAUUUCUAUUCUUUUGAAUUUGCUGAGACUUACUUUAUGGCCUAGUAUGUGGUUAAUCCUAGAGUAGGUUCCAUGUACAGCUGAGAAGAAUGUAAAUCCUUAAAGUGUAGGGUAAAAGUUCUGUAGAUAUCUGUUAGAUCCAUCUGGGCUAUAGUGUCGAUUAAAUCUCUUGUUUUCUUGUUGAUCUUCUGUCCAGUUGAUCUAUUUCUGAAAGUGGAGUAUUGAAGUCCCCCAGUACUAAACUAUUCGAGUCUAUGUCUGCUGUUUCCUUGUUGAUCUUCUGUCCAGUUGAUCUGUCUAUUUCUGAGAGUGGAGUAUUGAAGUCCCCCAGUACUAUUGUAUUGGAGUCUAAGUCUCCCUUUAAGUCCCUUAACAUAUCUUUUAAAUAAACUGGUGUCCUGUAAUUAGGUGCACAUACAUUGAUAAGAGUUACAUCUUCCUGUUGAAUUGAUCCCUUAAUCAUUAUAUAGUGCCCUUCUUUGUCUCUCUUAACAGUUUUUUUUUUUUACUUUUAUUUAAUGAAUAUAAAUUUCCAAAGUACGGCUUAUGGAUUACAAUGGCUUCCCCCAUAACGUCCCUCCAACCUGCAACCCUCCCCUCUCCCACUCCCUCUCCCCUUCCAUUUACAUGAGGAUUCAUUUUCUUUCUUUUUUUUAAUCUUUUAUUGAAUGAAUAUAAACUUCCAAAGUACGACUUAUGGAUUACAAUGGCUUCCCCCCCAUACCAUCCCUCCCACCCACAACCCUCCCCUUUCCCACUCCCUCUUCCCUUCCAUUCACAUCAAGAUUCAUUUUCGAUUAUCUUAAUAUACAGAAGAUCAGCUUAGUAUACAUUAAGUAAGGAUUUCAACAGUUUGCUCCCACACAGAAACAUAAAGUGAAAAAUAAUAGAUGAUUUUUUUUAAAUGAUGAUGAAAUCAGAUCAGACCUAUUGUCAUGUUUAAUCCCAGUGAGAGUCAAGUUGGGAAUUGCUAAUUUCUUCUUCUUUUUUUUUUUAACAGAAGAUCAGUUUAGUAUACAUUAAGUAAAGAUUUCAACAGUUUGCACCCCCAUAGAAACACAAAGUGAAAUAUACUGUUUGAGUACUUGUUAUAGCAUUAAAUCUCAAUGUACAGCACAUUAAGGACAGAGAUCCUACAUGAGGAGUAAGUGCACAGUGACUCCUGUUGUUGACUUUACAAAUUGACACUCCUGUUUAUGGCAUCGGUAAUCUCCCUAUGCACCAGUCAUGAGUUUCCAAGGCUAUGGAAACCCCUUGAGUUCUCCGACUCUUAUCUUGUUUAGACAAGGUCAUAGUCAAAGUGGAAGUUCUCUCCUCCCUUCAGAGAAAGGUACCUCCUUCUUUGAAGACCUGUUCUUUCCACUGGGAUCUCACUCACAGAGAUCUUUCAUUUAGGUUUUUUUUUUUUUGCCUUAGUGUCUUGGCUUUCCAUGCCUGAAAUACUCUCAUGGGCUUUUCAGCCAGAUAGGAAUGCCUUUAGGGCUGAUACUGAGGCCAGAGUGCUGUUUAGGACAUCUGCCAUUCUAUGAGUCUGCUGAGUAUCUCGCUUCCCAUGUUGGAUCACUCUCCCCUUUAUUUAUUCUAUCGGUUAGUAUUAGCAGGUACUAGACUUGUUUAUGUGCUCCCUUUGACUCUUAGUCCUUUCAUUAUGAUCAAUUUUGAACUGAAAUUGAUCACUUGGACUAGUGAGAUGGCAUUGGUACAUGCCACCUUGAUGGGAUUAAAUUGGAGUCCCCUGGUAUGUUUCUAACUCUACCAUUUAGGGCAAGUCAGCUUGAGCAUGUCCCAAAUUGUACAUCUCUUCCCUCUCUUAUUCCCACUCUUAUGUUUAACAGGGAUCUGUGUGCUUCCUGUCCUCCAAACCUGGGAAGUUUUCUGCUAGUGUCUCACUAAAAGGCCUUCUAAUCCUUUCUCUCUCCAUGCCUUCAGGAACUCCUAGGACCCGAAUGUUGGUUUUUUAAAUAGUAUCCUGUAGAUUCCCAACAAUAUUUUUUAAUUUCUAAUUUCCUCUUCUUUUCUUUGGUUUGACUCUAUACUGACCUGUGGUUUGUCUUCUAAGUCUGAUAUUCUCUCUUCUAUCUUACUGAUUCUGUUUUUUAAGGCUCUCAAAUGCAUUUGUCAUUUGUUCCAUUGAAUUCUUCAUUUCAUUUUGAUUUCUUUUCAAUAUCACAAUUUCAUGUUCUACUAAUUUCCUCAUUUCAUUUUGAUUCCUCCUUAAGAUUUCAUUUUCACGAGAGAGAUUUUAUAUCCUGUCCAGUAUGGAUUUCUGUAGUUCAUGAAUUUGUUUCUGAUAACUUCUAAAUAUUCUUACCAUAAGUUUUUGAAAUCCAUAUCUGCAUUUCUUCUAUCUCAUCAUCUUCAUAAUCUUGUAUUGGAGUGUCAUGUUUAUUUGGGAGCAUUAUAAUGUCUUCUUUUUUCUUGUUUCCUUAAUUCUGUGUUUUUUUGUUUGGCAUUGUGGAGAUAUUCUUUGGUUUCUUCUUUUUUUCUCGUUGUGAUGGUUUUUCUCAUUAUACUAUGACUCUAGAUUAAGUGGACUGUCUGCUUUUGGUGAAUCUCUAGAGGCUUGUGGUGAGUGUGGCCAGAGAGCUCUGUUUAGUUCUGUUCUUCAUGGUUAAGGGUGUCCCAAACUGACACACCCAGGUUUGGCCUGGUAAAUUUCUCUCUCUCUCUCUCUCUCUCUCUCUCUCUCUCUCUCUCUUUAU